AUGGUGGAAGAAAGACAUGAAGCACCUAUGAUAUUUCAUUGCAUCAUACAUCAAGAGGCAUUAUGUUGCAAAGUUUUAGCAUGGAAAGAUGUAAUGAAUAUUGUAGUAUCGACGGUUAACUACAUACGCAAAAAUGCUUUGGCACAUCGUCAAUUCAAAAUAUUUUUGGAAGAAUGCGAUGCUGAAUAUGGGGAUGUAAUAUAUUUUUCCGAAGUAAGGUGGUUGAGUAGAGAAAAAGGAAAAAUUGUACCAGAAUUAUCAAAUGAAAAGUGGGUUCUUAAUCUGGCAUUUUUAACUGAUAUAACAACUUUAUUAAAUGAGCUGAAUACAAAACUGCAAGUGAAAUUAAAAUUAUUACACAAACAUAUUAAUGAAAAGCACUUGGAUCAUUUUGUAUGCUGUAAAACUGUAUUAGAAUCAACCAAAUCAACUUUAAAUUGGGAAACUACAAAAAUUAAUUUUUUAAAUAUAAUAGAAAACCUACAAAAUGAAUUUUCAAUACGAUUUUCUGAUUUUUACGUACAAGAGAAUAAAAUCAAAUUGUUUCAAAACCCUUUUUCUGUCGACAUUGACGAUGUUGAAUCUAAUUUACAGAUGGAAGUCAUAGAAUUGCAAAACAACGAUAUUCUUAAAAAUGCUUUUAAAGAAACACAUAUAUUUGUGAGCAGACAUUCUCAAUACUUAAAUUCCGAAAAAAAUAAAUAUUGUUCACGGUUAAACGAUGAACACUUGAACGCUGUUUUAAGGAUAUUAACAUCCAAUUUAAAAGCGGAUAUAAAUGAAUUGGCGGGAAAAAUUCAACCUCAAAAAUCACACUAG